GGAGCUCCACUCUGCAGCCAGACCCGUCGUCAGACAGAGAAGGAGAUCUUCCUGUUUUCACAGUCGUUUCUAGCUGCCAGAGAGAGACAGAGAUCAGGCAAACCUGGAACACUGCAAGUGCAAAAAAAUAACACUGACUGAAAAUGAAUGAGUUUGAGUGGAAAGAAGAAUUUUCCAACACGAUUGAGGAAUUGGGAGUUCCAGAUAACUGGGAUCUACAUGUUGAUAUGAACCUUGUAAAGCAGAAAACAGGACUGAUUUAUACACAGCAAACCUUUGGCAGCUUCCGUUGCUCACGUUGUGCACGCAGUUGGAACUCAUCAAAAGUAUCUGUAUUUUUUAUUAUAAAUCUAAACAAACGUCUGAGAAGUGGAACAGUAAAAAUGAGAAUUUUCAAGCAGGGUUGUGAACGUUGCACCCAUCCCGAGGAAAUGAUCCCAACGGUGACAUCUGACAACAUUGAAAGAGUUGUUUGUAAUUUAGUCCAUAAAAUCCAAAGAAAGUUCUAUGGGGUGAAUGAUCAAUAUCAACAUCAGAAGCCAAAAAUCUAUGGCCCCUUGGAAGGUUUACAUAACAAAGAGCGUUGUGAGGCAUGCAGAGAUGGUGUAUGUAAACAGAUGCUGUCUUGCGAAUAUGAACAAAAUGGGGAGCAGAGAGUAUAUGAACAAAUUAGGGAGCAGAGAGUAAUUGAACAAAAUAGGCAGCAGAGAGAAUAUGAACAAAUUAGGCAGCAGAGAGUAUAUGAACAAAAUAGGCAGCAGAGAGAAUAUGAACAAAUUAGGAAGCAGAGAGAAUAUGAACAAAAUAGGGAGAAGAGAGAAUCGGCUGCACCUGCCGCUUUGUCUGUCAUGGGCCUGGUCGUGGGUGUAGCAGCGAUGGCACUAAUGUAUUUUGCAAAUAAAUGAUGAUUUUGAGAAAAAAUCUGCCUUGUACAGACAUAGGUACAUGGGCAUGUGAAACAAAGUGUAUGUAUAGCCACAUUUUUCUGUUUAAUAUGGGAUAGGUAAGGGUUAAAUCCCUGCCAGGUAAUUGUUUUGUUGAAUGUGUACCACUGAGGAAAUUUCCCUUUACUUCCUGUGCCAGAAACACAACAGGAAGUUAGUGGCUAUCUCCCAAAGUAAGGAGAAUUCUCCUCUUAGACCGUUGUCCCUAUUUGAAGAUUUCUCCUCACUUCUUGAUCUCAGGACAACUCAUGCACAAAGGGUGUCUGUUUAGCCCCUCUGUACGCCUUUUCUCCAGGCAGGAGAAAAGCUGAUAACAUUUUUUUGCCUAAAGUCGUGUAUAGUGCAAUCGUUUAGGUGUAAUGAAGGAAGUGGGAGAAGUGGGAUUAUCACGGUGCCACAGAAAAAAUAACACCAAGAUAAUAUUCAUACAAAAUAUUUAUUAAUUACAGAGGAAAAAAUGUUUAAAAUUCAUAUACAGAACAGUAUAGAUGAUUUAUAAAAAUACUGGUAAGGGAGCAAAAUGUCUCAUAUGUGAUGGUCAAGUCCUCUCGACUAGUUUCACCAAACCAUUGGCUUCAUCAGGGAAUUACGACGUGACCAAUUCGAAUUGUUGCGGAAAUAUUUAUACCGCACUUAAAAUAUUUAAAAUAAGCGAUUAAAAACCUGUCUAUAUAAAAUUAAAGCAAACGAUAGCGGUGCAAAAAGAGAAAAUUCGUUUAUCAUACAGAAAAAGAAACUUCUAAUAAUCCAAUUUUUACAACCAUAACAUAAAUUAUAUCACUUGUUAAAACAGAGAGGAUACCGCUGAUACACAUAUAAAUAUUGUUAUAACAUGCAAGAUACAAAUAAGAAUAUGGCUGUAAAGGACUCAACAGUAUGUUAAGACAAGCAAUAAAUAAGGGAAAAAGUUAUAGAAGAGAUUAAGGAAAUUAAGGAGGUAUAUUUACAGAGUACUUCACAAUGCUUCCUCAGAUCAUCAUUCACACAGAGCUUUAAGGCAGCUAGCUUGACUGUUUUUAUACCCCCCCAGUCUCCAUUUUCCCCCCUCCAAGAAUUCAAAUUCCCUAGGAUACGAUUGGUUGCUUUUGGAUUUAAUAUGUGUCUUUUCAGAGUGACAGAUAAGGACCCCCCCACCCUGGAAACCACUGUUGUCAUCAGCUGCUUUGCAUUCUGGCAUACAACAUCUUCACAUCCUCUUGAAAAGGGAAAUGUCCUGGAGUCUUGCAUAUUUGACACCAACAAACUUCCCUUUGAUCUCUAACUAAACUACUUCCCACAUUUAGCAUUUCACAGGACCCCUGGCUAAAUGGUGUCACAUUAUCUGGUCAAGCUCUAUACACACACACACACACACACGGUAUAACUGGACACCUUCAAUUAGACCUGGAAUCUUAAUUUGGUUUUCAACCAGACAAGAGAUGUCAGGAACCUCUUAAUAUAUGAGGGGCACUUCCUAUCAGUAAAUAUAUAUUGUAACGGUAAAAUCAUAUACAGUUUAUAUCCGACCACAUAUAUAUUACAUAUAUACAUACACACACACACACAUAUAUUAUAUAUAU